GACGCCCCCCUCCCCGGAACGUGGCAUUGUGUAAUCACGUGACCCGUACGGGGCGUGCGGGAGGGGAGGUGGGCCGUUGAGGAGGAAUAGUGGGGGGGAGGGGGGCUGCGUACGCGACGGAGCGGGGUGCGAAGAUGGCGGACGAGGAGGCUGAGCAGGACAACAGUAGUCUCGGCGUUGGUGGCGAGAGCGGCCUCCUGGAUAUGCAGCGCUUGAAGGAGCGGCUGCUGGCGCUAGAGACCGGGCUGAAGGACAGCAACGAGCCGGCCGUGGAAGCAGCCACCGAGUACUGUCAGCAGCUCUGCCAGACUCUUUUUGAGUAUGCAGAAAAGUGGAAAACAUCUGAGGAUCCCUUACCCUUGCUGGAGGUAUACACAGAGGCUAUCCACAGUUAUGUGAAAGCACGACCUUACCUUACCUCAGAGUGUGAAAAUGUAGCCUUUGUGAUUGAACGCUUAGCUCUAAGCUGUAUUGAACUUCUGCUGUGCCUGCCUCUUGAGCUACCUGAAAAUCAAUGGAAAGAAUUUCAUUCCUUUAUUCAGAUGGCACAUGCAAAGUUGAUGGAAACUGGCUGCUGUCAACUACAGUUUUUAGCUCUUCUUGCCCAAGAGAAUGGGACAUGGAAGAAUCCAGUCCUUUGCAGUAUUCUUUCCCAAGAACCACUGAAUCAGGAUAAGGUGAAUGAAUUUUUAGCCUUUGAAGGCCCCAUGCUACUGGAUAUGCGCAUUAAACAUCUGAUGAAGUCAAAGCAAUUAACUCAAGCAACUGCCCUAGCAAAACUGUGCUCUGAUCAUCCAGAAAUCAGCACCAAAGGCAAUUUUAAACAAACCUAUCUAGUCUGUCUUUGUUCCGGAUCACCAAACGAAAAGUUAAUGCAGGAGAUUGCAGACAUCGACUGCAAAGAUGCUUUAGAAAUGAUCUGUAAUCUGGAAUCUGAAGGAGAUGAAAAGAGUGCUCUAAUUUUAUGUGCAGCGUUUUUAUCUCGCCAACUGCAACAAGGAGAGAUGUACUGUGCAUGGGAACUGACUCUCUUCUGGAGUAAACUACAACAAAGGGUAGAACCUUCUGUACAAAUAUAUCUGGAGAGAUGUCGUCAACUGUCUGUGUUAACAAAGACAGUAUACCACAUUUUCUUCCUUAUUAAAGUAAUCAAUUCCGAGAUUGAUGCUGCUGGACUUGCAACAUGCAUUGAAUUGUGUGUGAAAGCAUUGCGUUUGGAAGCUAGCGAGAAUACAGAAGUCAAAAUUUCAAUUUGCAAGACUAUAUCUUGCUUAUUGCCUGAUGACUUGGAAGUUAAACGUGCUUGUCAGCUGAGUGAAUUUCUCCUUGAACCUACUGUGGAUGCAUAUUAUGCUGUUGAAAUGCUGUAUAAUCAGCCUGACCAGAAAUAUGAUGAAGAAAGCCUUCCAAUACCAAAUUCAUUACGCUGUGAGCUCUUACUUGUAUUAAAAACUCAGUGGCCUUUUGACCCAGAAUUUUGGGACUGGAAAAUGCUAAAACGUCAAUGUCUUGCAUUAAUGGGAGAGGAAGCAUCAAUUGUAUCUUCAAUAGAUGAACUGAAUGACAGUGAAAUGCAUGAAAAGGUAGAGGAAUGCCAAGAUGAGAACAAAGAAACUUCAGUGAAUGGACUUUCUGGAUGCUUUGAUGAAGCUACAAACUUACUUAGAGGCAUUAGAGAUAAAAAGCAGAAAAACAGAGAAAUAAAAAAGCUGAGAGAGCGGGGAUUCAUAUCAGCUAGAUUCAGGAACUGGCAAGCCUACAUGCAAUAUUGUGUGUUAUGUGACAAGGAAUUCCUUGGACAUAGAAUAGUUAGGCAUGCACAGAAACACUAUAAAGAUGGAGUGUACAGUUGCCCAAUAUGUGCACAAAAUUUUAAUUCUAAAGAAACUUUUGUUCCUCAUGUAACACUACAUGUUAAGAAGUCCAGUAAAGAGAGACUGGCUGCAAUGAAACCACUGCGAAAAUUAGGAAGACCACCAAAAACAGCUACCACUGGCAUUAAUAGAAAAAACAAUGCUGUCGUUAAGCAGGAACAACGGCACAUAAAAAAGAAUCGUCUUUAUGCAGCAGAUUUCAUUGUUUUUAACGAUAAUGAUGGUUCUGAUGAUGAAAAUUAUGAAAAAGAUAAGCCUUACAUUCCAGAUGUAAUGCCAGUUCAAAAGCCGCUGCCUGUCAAUGAGUUUACCUGCCCCGUGACCUUGUGUAAGAAAGGCUUUAAAUACUUUAAAAAUUUGAUUGCACACGCAAAAGGUCAUAAAGACAAUGAGGAAGCUAAACGCUUCCUUGAAAUGCAAAGCAAAAAAGUAAUUUGCCAGUACUGUAGACGACAUUUUGUAAGCGUUACCCACCUCAACGAUCACUUACAAAUGCACUGUGGCAGCAAACCCUAUAUCUGCAUACAGAUGAAAUGUAAGGCUAGUUUUAACAGCUAUGCUGAACUACUGAGUCAUAGAAAAGAGCAUCCAGUCUUCAGGGCAAGGUGCAUGUUUCCUAAAUGUGGAAGAGUGUUUUCAGAAGCAUAUUUGCUAUAUGAUCAUGAAGCACAGCACUAUAACACCUACACCUGCAAAAUUGCAGGCUGUGGAAAAGUUUACCGUUCUCAGAAUGAAUUAGAAAAACAUAUUGAAGAUCACACUAAACAGUCUGAAAAAAUCUUGCAGUCUGAUAGUGAGAGUAAUUUUUCUCAUCCUUUAGAAGCCAAUGAGAAUGCUGAAGAAAUCCACCCAAAAGAUGUAUUGGUGCCACCAUCUGAUGAUAGCAUAAAUAACUGUGGCAAAGCAGAAGACUAUGUUGCAGAUCGGGUCAAAGAUGAAUUGCUCAACCCUGAGAGACUAUCUACUGCACUAGAGGAAACUAACUCUAUCUCCCUUGAAAACAUGGAGCAACCUAUAUCUGCUCCCUCCAAGGCAGAAUCGGCAAUAGUAGCCAGCAGUGUGUUGAUGCCUCUUCUUGGCCAAAAAAUACGAGAGAACAUGGCAAGAAAGGGAAAAUUGCCUACUUUGUGCCCUAAAACUGAUAUUGAGGCACCUGUACUCGAGCAGUUGUGCUCAGCAGAUACUUGUAGUGAUCUUGCAGUUUUUCAGGACGAAAAAGUGGAUGACUGUAUCAACCAAUCUCAGACAAUUUCCAUGAAUUCAGUUAAACUUGAAUCUGAAGUCCUUGAAACAAAAAAUUUAGAAAACCAGAUACGCCAUGUGCCCUUCGCCAUGCAAAAUCAAGUAGGGUAUCAACAUUUACUCUCUCCAAAACUUGAAGAGAGCAUUAGGACUGCUACUAAUCUCUAUAACCUGCCUCUGAAGACACUAGAAGGAAUUACACUUACGCCAGCCCAGCCUAGCCUAGCUGGGAGCCCAGCUCCUUUUGUUCCAAUCAUACCACUGGCAGCUCCAGUUCAAAAGUUCACUUGCCAAGUUGAGGGAUGUACUAGAAUCUACAACUCUGCCCAGAGCAUUGGCAAACAUAUGAAGACAGCACAUCCUGAUCAAUAUGCUGCAUUUAAAAUGCAGCGCAAGAAUAAGAAAAGUCGCAAAACAUGCAGUUUGCAAAAUCUGCCAAAUGAUAGCAAGAUAGUUUUUUUGCCAUCAGAAGCAUCCACUCCCACUAGUGAUGUUUUUCCUCAAGAAGCCAAAAUAAACUUAAAUUCCAGUUGUACAAGCCAGCUUCAGCAACUGUCUAAUGCUCUUUUCCCAACAAGACUGGAAAAUCUGACUAAUUCAUUAUUGCCUACUGUGGAAAAUGUUCUAAGUGCAGGUCUAUCUUCUCAUAUUAAAAGUGAACCAGAGAAUACAUUAGGCUCUCACAUGGGGACUCUAUCUAGUGCAACUUUACCUUCGCAACUGGAUGAUUUGGAAAAACCAGCUAUGCCCUUAAACAUUGACAGUGGUUCAGAUCCAUUUCUUCCUUUGCCGGCAGAAAAUGGUCCAAUUUCUCUCUUUCCUUCCCCAGCAGAUAAUGGUCCAAGUUCUGUCUUCUCACAAAUAGAGAGCAAUACUAAUCACUUUUCCUCCCAACUUGAAGGAAAUGCUAAUUCUGCUUUCCCAAAAGAAGAAAGUGUUGAUGUUCUGUUUCCUUCACAAGUGAAUGACAAUUUUGGUGAAACCACUCCACAGCUCCUGAUAUCAAAAAGGACAAAAAAAGAUCGUAGGCAAGCUCCAGAAGGGAAAGACAGGAAGCCAAAGCAUAAUAAGCGGGCAAAAUGGCCAGCAAUUAUCAGGGAUGGCAAGUUUAUUUGUAGUAGAUGUUACAGGGUAUUUUCCAAUCCCAGAUCACUUGGUGGUCACUUAUCUAAACGGUCCUACUGUAAACCCCUAGAUGAAUCAGAAAUUUCUCCAGAAGCUCUGCAGCUUAAUGGACAAUCCUCUCUUCUUGCCAGUAUGAUUCUUUCUUCAAAUGCUUUAAGCUUACAGCAGCAACAGGAAUCGGCUUUUAAUCCAGAGACAUGUUUUAAAGAGCCAUCAUUCCUGCAGCUGCUUGCAACUGAGAAUCGUUCAGCUGCUUUUUUACAGAACUUGUUUCCACGGACCAGUAUAAGUAACUUCAGUGCAAGUGAGAAUGAGGAAGGAAAUGAAAUUAUCAAACAGGCCUUGGAAACUGCAGGCAUUCCAAGUACGUUUGAUUCUACAGAAAUAUUACCACAUAUAGUUACAUCAAGUUGUAUCACUGGUACGACCCAAAUAAAUGCAACAGUUCUGCCUAAUCCAGGUGUGUCACCUUUGUUACCAACAGUCUGCAACCCAACUACCUUGCUAACAGACCAAAAUAGAACAUUUAACACCAAAAUUUCCUCAUUAGAUGAAUGCAACAGUUUGCCAGUAUUUUCAGAUGAUUUAAUACUUAAGACUAUUGAAAAUGGCUUAUGUUCAAACUUGCUUCCUAAUUCUGCUUCCACAGUACAUAGUUUUGGAAGUAAUACUUCACGUGUUUCAGUCAUAAGUAGCAUCAAACGUUCAGAAUCGUGUCGUUUAAAUAAAAAAGGGACCAGUGGUUCAAAGAAAAAGAAAAAAACAGCUCCUUCUUUAGUUGUGCCCAACAAUUCACAGAAAUUAAUAGUUAAUGAUUUAACAGCAUUGGGACUUCUAGCCAGAAACAUUGAAGGAAAUGUGCAAAUGUCCACAGAAGACUUUCAGUCAAAUGUAUUAGCCAACUGUGAAUCUCCAGUGUUAAUAGAAAAAUUUACACAGAAACUGAAUAAUGUAGACAAUGAAUUAACUGCCAGUGUCCAAGACAGCUUCAAAACCAAUCAUAAAACUGAUGCAGACAUAGCUGCUUUAUCAGUGAAAACUGAAAAUGGUGACUCACAGAUCACUCUUGCUUCCUGCAUUCAAGAACACUCUGAAUUAGAGGUUUCAGAAGAUAAUGUCAUUGAAAACUUUGAGAAGAGUCUUGAAAUAAUUAAGACAGCUAUGAACUCCCAGAUGACUGAAGUAAAAACUGAAAUCCAGGAGGUGCCAAUUGAGCCAUUCCAGAGUCCACAAAUCAGUGCUGCUGAGCCUGCUUCAGAAAACCCUUUACAAAAUGUAAAACUGUCUGAUCCUACUCGGCUCAUAGUACAUACACAGAAUGAAACUCCUGCCAAAAGUAACCCUUCUCAGUCUGAAACCGCUCACAAAGAUGAUAUGCAGAUUAUGGAAAUUUUAGAAGGUUUGAAAAAACUGAAAUUAGAAAGUGAAACGUCUAGUAAAGUAUUAGAUGGCAUAAUUCAUUGUCUUCCAGCUGAAGCAUUACUUCCACGGAUUCAUGUUCCUGUUGCAGCAACUGAGAGCACAUCUAUGGUUCAGCCAUCUUCAGAAACACAUACUCCAUUUGUUGAAAAAGCCCAUAAGCCUUUUAUGUGCCAGGCCCCUGGCUGCAACUAUAGUGCUAUGACAAAGGAUGCAUUAUUUAAACACUACAGCAAAAUACAUCAAUACACUCCAGAAAUGAUACUGGAAAUCAAGAAACACCAGUUGAAGUAUGCCCCUUUUAAAUGUGUUGUAGCUACCUGUCCAAAAACAUUUACAAGAAAUUCUAAUCUCCGGGCUCACUGUCAGCUGGUACAUCACUUUACAACAGAGGAAAUGGUGAAAUUAAAACUAAAAAGACCCUAUGGAAGAAGAUCUCAAAGCAAAACUGCAGGCUCAUUACCAAGACCGAUUGAGCUAAGAAGUAUCCCACGCAUGUUAAUGGAAAGCAAAAAUGAAUCACGGUUGACUGAACAACUUGAAGUAAAGAGAGAAAUAAGCAUAGAACCUACGAACGUUCUAGAAAGAGUGAUGCCGGAAAGUGCCAAUAACAUUCCUGAAAAAUUAGAAAAGCCCCCUGAAAUAGUUCAGAUUCCUCUAGAACUUCCUAAUAUAACUACACUUAAUAAUGUGCAAGUACAAUCAAAAGUACGCAAGAUUAGAAGGCACAGAAAAGAAAAAGAAGAAAGAAAACACAAAAAAACAGUACGCAAAACCCUGGAAUUCCCUACUAGUUAUAGUCCCUACAGACCUUACCGAUGUGUGCAUCAAGGUUGCUUUGCAGCAUUUACAAUACAACAGAAUUUGAUUCUUCAUUAUCAGGCUGUGCAUAAAUCUGAUCUGCCAUCAUUUCCUGUGGAGGCAGAAGAAGAAAGUGAGCCAAAUAAGGAAGAUGACUGUAGUAAAGAAGAGAAUUGUGAUGAAACAGAAACUAGUAUAACUGUAAAAGAAUUUCGGUGUGAGGUAAGAAAUUGCUCUAGGAUAUUUCAAGAAGUCACUAGUCUUAUUCAGCACUAUAUGAAACUUCAUGAGAUGACCCCUGAGGAAAUUGGGAGCCUGAAGUCAGCCGUGGAUGUUGUUGGAAGAUUCCCCUGUGAUCAGUCUGAAUGUAAAUUGUCCUUUACAACAUAUGUUAGUUACAUUAUUCAUCUUGAGACAGAUCAUGGAAUAAAGAUAAAGCAAAACAAAACAGAGGAUGGUAUGUACAAGUGUGAUUGUGAAGGUUGUGAUCGUAUAUAUGCAACAAGGUCUAAUCUGCUUAGGCAUAUUUUUAAUAAACAUAAUGACAGACAUAAAGACCAUCUAAUAAGACCUAGACGGUUCCUGACACCAGGUCAAGAAAAUAUUUCAAUCAAGGCUAACCAGGUAAAAAAUAUGAAAACGAACCAUAAAGGACUAAAAUAUAGGACAGGGAAAACUGGAAACAAAAUAUCAAUUAGGACCAAGCGAAAGAGAGCUAUUACUACAGAAAAAAAAUCAAAACUGGGACAAAUUCAUGAAAAUAAGGCUUAUUCUUUGAAGCGUGGAAAGUAUGUAUUUUCAAUAAAGGCUAGAAUUGAUGCUUUAGCUGAAUGUACAAGCAGACUUGUUACACAAUAUCCGUGUAUGAUAAAAGGCUGUUCAUCAGUUGUCACAAGUGAGAAUAAUAUAAUCAGGCACUAUAAAUGUCACAAAUUGUCUAAAGCGUUUACAUCGCAACACAGGAAUCUCCUGAUUGUCUCAAACAAGCAUGCAGAUUCAUCAGAGAAAGAAGCAGCUUCAAAUGAGGCAAUUGAGGAUAAAACAUGUGAUGUAAAAGAAUUGCAACCAGAUUUGUCAGAGACCUGUGAGGUCUUGAGAGCCUCUACACCAGUGACACAGAAUGAACCUCAAAAAGAUGAGAAGGAUGAAGUGGAUGAACUUGCAGAACUGUUUAUUACCAAACUCAUUAAUGAGGACCUCACAAAUGCAGAGAACCAGGCAAAGUCUGCUUCUGAUGUUCCCAGUGAAGGUCAAGAAACCAGUGUUUGCACUUCAGAAAAGCAAAGCAUAAUUGGGAAUCUAAAAAGAGCAAGCAAAGAGAAAAAUCCCCCUCAGAGUAAAAAGAGAAAGGUUGAGAAGCAAGAAGAAAUCCUGGCUGUUGAACUGAGUAGUGUGCGCAGAGAGGAGGAAACUGCUGUUGCUGUUCAAACGGCUGAAGAGCAGCCUACAGUUUUUGAUUGGAGUUCAUUUAAGCCUAUGGGAUUUGAAGUAUCUUUUCUCAAGUUCCUUGAGGAGUCGGCCGUGAAGCAAAAGAAAAAUACAGAGAGGGGCUCUCAUAGCUGUGGAACCAGAAAAAGUUCUCAUUCACACUCAAGGAAAUCUAAUGAAAAGAACUCUUUUACAAGAACACGAUCAUGUUCUGAAACUGAAACCCAUGUACAGUUUGCUAAUGCAUCACAAUUUCAGUGUAGUGGUACUGUAAAAAUAGUUCUAGACAAGACUUUUAAAGAUUGCACUGAGCUUGUGUUGAAACAGCUUCAGGAAAUGAAACCUAUUGUCAGUCUGGUAAAAGUUGAUGGACAUAGGGAGGCAAAUCUAAAGGUUACAAAAUAAUUGGGUAAUAUGAGUGAACUCUUUGUGCUGAUUAGUGUCUGAACAUGACCUGUACUACUUUUUUUUUUAUUUUGAGUAGGAAGCCAUCAAGCAUGAUACUAUUUCUAAAGGUUUUCUGUUGGAGUGAUUAAACCUAGCAAAAUCAUGACAGUUGUCAUGUAAAUUUCUUUGUUUUUAUCCCUAUGGGACUUGAGGAACAGAAUCAUUGUUUCAGUUUUGUAAAUAAUUGAUCAAAACCUCAAUUUUUUAAUCAAUUUUUUUUCUUUCCAUGACUGAAAUAUUUGUGAAUUGUCUGUGGUAUCUUUCACUGGGUCACUGCUCAUAUAUAACAGUACUUUUAUUUGUAGAUACGUUUUUGUAUAUAUUUAUUAUUGUAAAUCAUUUGCUGCCAUCAGCAGUCUGUAAGUCUGAAAUAUUAAAUGACACAUUUAUAUUCAGAAUUUUAAUUUGUAACUAAGUGAUCCAGUUUUUAAAAAUGUUCUUUUAAUCUUAAACUUUUUUGAAGUAAAUACUAGGUAAGUCUACCAUAUCCAGUUUAUUUUGCAUAAUAUGUGUGUACAGGAGAGAAACUUGAUCAGAUCACACUUAAUUGGUUUAAAACAUACUACUCGGUUGUCUUUGUAACUUGAAACAUCCAGUAUCUUUGGAUGGUAUCCAUAUGUAGUUAACUCAGACUUUUUCUUGCAACUGCACUUGCAUUGCUUUUUAAUUGGAUCAAAACUCUUCCGCUUCCAUAAUAUAAUGGAAAUGUAAAUUUUAAAUAGUUUGCUGACACUGAAGAUUUAAACAACAUUUUGGUAUUGAAUAACCCAUCGUGAAUGUGAUAGAAAAUUAGUAGUGUGGAGCAGUGUAUAUAUUUUCAGGUGGUGAUUUGUGAAGUAGCCCAGUAUUGCCUUAAAUAAAAUCACAUUUCAUUUCUUGUUUUAUA